AUGAGUGGUUUCAUCCAACGUGUAAAGGCGUUAUUUUCAAAAACUCCAAAACAAGGCCCAGCUGUUCAACGACAGCCCGUCUAUCAACAGCAACCACAGCCACAAUCUGCACCUCAACCUCAAUAUGCGCAACAGCAACCACAGCCACAAUUAGCACCUCAACCUCAAUAUGUGCAACAGCAACCACAGCCACAGUUUGCACCUCAACCUCAAUAUAUGCAACAACCAGUGCAAUACAUGCAGCAACCAGUGCAAUACAUGCAGCAACCUCAAUAUGUACAACAUCAACAACAAAUGCCGCCGCAGUACAUGCAGCAACCAAUGCAACAGCCGUCGCCGUUUGGAAAUGCUACUCAAAUGCCGAAUUAUUUCGCGCCUUCGCCAUCAACGAUGGCUCCCAACGAUCAAAAUUCAUCGAUACAAGCAAAUAAUAUGACUAUCGCGAGUGCUACUGGUAUUCCACUUCCGGAAAUUGAACGUUUUCGGCACGAAUUCAACAACUACGCUAAUCGAAAUGGUGUCAUUGAUCGUGACGGUUUUCGAAGACUAUUCAUCGCAUCGUUGCUUAACACGACCUGGCAGGAUAUUGAACGCGAAUCUGAAUCUACUUUUCGUCGCUUCGAUGUCAAUCAGUCAGGCGUUCUCGACUUCAAUGAAUAUAUGCAAGCAUGUUCACGUAUGAUUUUGGGAGGGAAUCAGCAGCCAACAAUGAAUCAAUACUAA